UACGUGACUACCGAAAGAACCAAAGAGUAUAAGUUCAAUAUCCAUACAGGCUGGGGUACAAGAUUCAAUCAUGCGAGCCAGCCUUAUCCACUUGCUUGGUCACAGCAAUGAAAUUCACAUCUAUAGUAAAACCUUUGAUCUGCUGGGCACAAGCAUCGUAGCUGUCAUGCGAUGGAUUUAUUACUCACCAAAGGAGGCUUCACGAAGAUUGGCAUUGUUAUUGAUGCUAACGCCAUGGUGAAUUAUAAACAAUUAUCACUCCUAUACAUGGCAGCAUGAGUUCAGCCACAUUUGAAAUCAACUGCCAUUCAUAAUAACGCGUUUUGGGGUCGAUUGAGUAAAAAUAAAUGUGUCGUAAACCCACCUCCACCCGACACAGCCAAUGAGUAAGGUUUGUCACGGGAACGAAACGUGCCAAUUGGUUUUAACUUCAGCAGACCGCUAUACAUAUGUGCAUGCAAACCCACAACAUUUAUCAUUUGAGUUAACGAAGUUUCGCUGGCGAUUACCACCAGCGACACGCGAUCUAACCAAAACAAAUUUAUUUUGAAGAAUAUUGGUCGCGAAAGCCAACUACUUAAAGACGUAAACAAAAACUGUUGUUAUCAUAUCUGGGGCGGAGCACGCAGUACCUAACUCGCUGUGCUAAAUUAAAUUAAACGUAACGGGCGGUCAGUCACCUCCGUAUCACUCUUCUAUCGCUAUCACUUUGGUGACUUCUAUGGGGAGCUAUACGGGCAGAAAAGUAGAUGGCGUUCUCAAAAGAACGGCUUACCACAAGGCAGUAUGCUCGCCCCACUUUAAUUAAAUAUCUACAACGAUCAGCCACUUCCUGCUGAAUGUCAGCAAUUCAUCUAUGCUGACGACCUCUGUGUCAACACACAGCAGAGGAAUUUCGAGAACACAGAGAAUAUCCUGGAGAGGGCACUGGACGAGAUAUCAAGAUGCUACCUAAAUAAUCAUCUCAAACCCAACCCGCAUAAAACCAAAUCUUUGCCUUCCACCUGAGAAACUGGGAUGCAGAGCGACACCUGAAUGUCACCUGGGGAGGCCAGAGCCUGGAACACCAGGGUCACCCAGUGUACCUCGGGGUAACACUGGAUCGUAUACUCAGCUACAAGUACAACUUUUGAUACCAAAGCCAAGGUCAACACACAACACAACAUUCUGCAAAAGCUCGCAAAUUCAAAGUGGGGAGCACAUCCAUCCACAGUACGCAUCACGGCCUUAGCACUUUGUAUCUCUGUGGCUGAAUAUGCAUGCUCUACCUGGGGACGCUCAACCCACAGUCAACAUGUCGACACCACUCUGACACGUGCAGACUCAUGGCAGGGUGCCUGAGAGCCACCCCUGUUCCCUGCCUAUUUGCACUUUCUGGCAUAGCGGCCCCGAACAUCAGGAGGAGGGUGUCAGGUGACCACGACCGGCAAGUCCUAGAGGGGGACGUCCAUCAUGGCCAUCAGCCAGCCCACCGUCGUCUGUCAUCGAGAAACUGCUUCUUGUGCUCCACUGUACCAGUGCCCACAUCGCCGGAAUCUGCAAGAACUUCCCUCUGUUGUAAAGAAUGGGACAACAUCGAGUGACAAAACUGCUGAAUGGAGCCAGCGAGGAAUGAUCCCCAGUGAGGAGCUCGCAUCUGGCUCCAAUUGCAAAUGGCACACAUGGCGGAGCCUACACUGACUGAGAGUGGGUUUCGUCAAGUUGCAACCCUCUCGUGAAAUCACGGGGCUUCUGUGCAACCGAGCAAUGUGCUUGUCAGGAGAAGCAAACCACGGAUGUUCUCCUGAGAUGCCCUGCAGCACCACAUUACCCUCCUCAAGAUUUGGCAAUGCCAACACCAGAAGUGGUGGCCUGUGCAGAAUAUUGGCCAGACUAAAUAGGUUGGACGGAAGUAGAAUAAGAAGAACUUUAUUAUUUGUUAUGAAGAAUAUUAGUCGCGAAAGCCCACUGCUGUUAUAAUAUCUGGGGUGGAGCACACAGUUCAUAACUCGCUGUGCUAAUAGUAUUCUACUUAACACACUCAGUGAAUCACUCGACUCACUCCCUCACCAGCAGUCAGUCACCUCCGUAUCACUCUUCUAUCGCUAUCACUUGGUGACUGUUCCCACGAACUAACACACAUUGACCCCUUUACUCGGUCUUCCACACUGCCCGUGUGAUCCACGCCGUGUCCAGCCACCACACGACGCUUCUCUGUAUGAUUCUUUCCCUGGCAUUGCUCAAUGUGUAAGUUCCCCAUGCAGUUUGUCUCUCUUUCCAUGUCCGUACGAUCUUCCUCAUGUCAAUAAGCGUAUUCACUUUGACUCAUUACACGAUCGCGAGUGCUGUCUCUGGGUCCGUGCUUUGCCAGUAUCAAGGUGAUGAAAAAAAUAAUCGUCUCGACUCAUCCCGCCAAGAAUACAGGAGGCGUUACGAUGUUCAAACACCAAAUAGGCUCCCCGAUCACAACAAGGCAUCGAGUCUGCAUUAGAGGCGGCUGUCUCCGGCGUUGGCCAAAUCAGAACUAUCGUGAGCGCUGCUUGUGUCGAGAAGCUCAUCGGAGACAUCCAUCUUCAGGGGAGUUGAGACUCCAACAGUCAACCCCGAUGGUGUCCACCAAGUUGAGACUCCAACAGUCAACCCUGAUGGUGUCCACCAAGUUGAGACUUCAACAGUCAACCCCGAUGGUGUCCACCAAGUUGAGCUUUCAACAGUCAACCCCGAUGUUGUCCACCAAGUUGAGACUCCAACAGUCAACCCCGAUGGUGUCCACCAAGUUGAGCUUACAACAGUCAACCCCGAUGGUGUCCACCAAGUUGAGACUCCAACAGUCAACCCCGAUGGUGUCCACCAAGUUGAGACUCCAACAGUCAACCCCGAUGGUGUCCACCAAGUUGAGACUCCAACAGUCAACCCCGAUGGUGUCCACCAAGUUGAGACUCCAACAGUCAACCCCGAUGGUGUUCACCAAGUUGAGACUCCAACAGCCCCCCUCCCCCCCCACUAAACCAUGAGACACGUGUGCUCAGUGCCUUCUGUCCACCUGUUUGUCAACCAUCUAACCCCCACCACCACCACCUACACUUGUAAUGGCCUCUGCCAGUUGCGUUUUUAUUGAACUCAAAGUCCAUUGAGCCGUGCCGCACCCUCCUCGUCCUCCUCAUCAGUCAGGGGGAGAACCCCGACGCGAGCUUCAAGGGGAGUCCAUCGCCUCUCGCUCACAUCCACACAUCCGUGUGGACAACUCCUGGGCCAUGUCUCAAUUACGCCUGGUCACCACGCUCCUAACCUGCACACUCAUGCUGAUUGCUCCAGUUUCUACAGAGGACGAUCAAGUGGAUUGCCCCAUAGGAAGUUACAGAACCGACACCAACAUCUGCUGCUAUCUGUGCCCUGCAGGGACGCACAAGAGACACGAAUGCACAACGAAUGGACAGUUCCCAGUCUGCCUGUCGUGCAUAGAUGGAUUAACGUUCACAGACUCCGCAAAUAACCUCACGAGCUGCCAAGCAUGCAAAAUCUGCGACAAAAGCGAACUCUUUGAACGCCAGUGCAGCACGAUUAGCGACACGGUGUGCACGUGCGUCAAAGGACUACACAGACCGAGUCUGUCCCAGCCCUGCGAGGACAUUGAAGGCUCCAAGGGUUGGAUUUGGGCCGUUGUGCCCGUCGUGAUCUUGACUCUGGCUGGAUUCGGUGGCCUCAUAUUUUGGAUGAAGAAACUGCAAGGGAAAAGGUCUCGAGGCCCACCCAAGGACACCGAAGCUGAGAUGCAACUGCUGCAUAGCGACCAUCACCCCAAGCUAACCCCAGUGGAACCACAGGUGGAGGUUGUCGUUGUGAGAGACGCUGUGGAGAUGAUCCAAGAGAAGAUGGCCUCGAGUGGAGGUGCCGUGUGGACGUGGCUGAGUGACCGCCGCUCAGAGCUGCUGGGGAGUGGAGGCGGUGGGGUCGGGCCCCACCUCUUGCUCGACCUCUUCCUGCGGGAGCUCAUCGACGAGGCCGAGUACUGGAGAGCAAGCGGCCUCCCUGAUAUGUCGCGACGGGCACACUACGUCAUCGCCCUCGUGGUAGACAGAGGAGAGGAGGCCUGCAGUAAGUUCAGGGACAUUUAUGAAGACUUCAUUAGCAGGAAGAGAACAUUUCUAGACAUGCAGAGACAGGCAGACAUCUGCUCACCAACAUUCGACCCUAACACAGCAAACAAGAUGGUCCUCCUGUCCACGGACCUCAAGACGGUGACGAGAGCAACUCAUCCUCAUCCAUACCCAGAUCACGGGGAUAGGUUUGUGAGACACCCCCAGGUGCUGUGCUCUGAGAGAUUCCUCUCCGAUCGCCACUACUGGGAGCUGCACGUGGGUUGUGCAGAAGAAUGCAUGGUCGGUGUUGUUAGUGAGAAUGUGUCCAGAAGCGGUGGGGUAGGUAAUCUGGGAAACAGCGCUGCGUCCUGGUGCGUGUGGAGACGCGACGCUGAGCUCGUGGCUGCUCACAAUGGAGAAGUCACCGUGCUGAACCCGCCAGUGCCUCCCCAGAGAAUCGGGCUUCACCUGGACUGUAACAAUUUGAAGCUCACGUUUGUUUGUGCCGAGACCAUGACGCCUCUGCAUACUUUUACACUGACGUGGGGACGCCCUUGGUUCAAGAAACUUCCUUUUUAUCCUGCUGUGUGUCUGCACAGCGGAUCGAUCACCAUAGCCCAACCCCUCAGUGGUGGCGUCUCCUCCGCUCCUGAGAAGAGUCCAGAAUCCACGUCUGGGUCUAAGUCAGAGGGCUAUCAGAGGGCACUGCUGCUGUCUAGGAGACCCAAUCUUGUCCUGCAUGAGAUGUUGAUGCAGGGCCACAUCAAGGAGCACGUCUACUGGAAGGCCUACAUGGAAAAAUACCCCAGCAUGUGUGAAAAGUUCAUCCGCAAGGAAGUUAAAAGUGUAAAGAAGGACGGGGAGCUCGAGGUAGUGAUGGAAGCCACUGGAAGUAAUGAAAGAGACUUCCUCGCCAUGUUACACUCAUCAGGAAGGUGCUCUCCCACCGUGAACCCCAAUUCCGUGAACUCCGACCUCCGCCUCUCCGUCGACCUCAGGACGGUGACUCUGUCCUCCGAGCACCACUCUUACCCCCACCACCCCGAGCGAUUUGAGAACUGCGCUCAGGCCCUGUGCCGCGAGGGCUUCUCCAGCGGCGCGCACUACUGGGAGGUGGACGUGGGCGGCGCGGAGCAGUUCAGAGUGGGCGUCGCGUGCGCCACUCUGCCGCGCGGAGGGAGCGAGGAGGCGCGGCUCCUGGGCACGGGCGCGGACUCCUGGUGCCUGUGGAGACGCGAGGGCGGCUACGUGGCGAGCCACCGCGGCCUCCACACCGCACUGGCGGCCGUGCGCCCUCCUCCCAGGAAGAUCGGCGUCCACCUGCGUUGGGAAGAGGGGCUCCUCUCGUUCUACUGCGCCGACACCAGGAGGCGGCUGCACUCAUUCAAUGCCACCGCCUUCCCAGGCCCUCUCUACCCCGCCCUGUGCGUGCACAAGGGGACGGUAACCAUACUCCGCCUGAGUCUACGGUUUGAGGAGGGUGAAGGAGCGACUGGUGAGGUGAGGAAGAGUAAUGAUGAGGAGAGGGCUACAGAAAAUGGCCGUCAAAGUAAGACUGGAGUAGCGAGUGAUGUGGGAGAGGGUGGAGGAGAGAAGAAUGAGGUGGGGGAUAGCGGGGCAGGGAAGAGCGAGGGGUGGGAGAGCGCGAGAGUGAACCCUCACCCCGAGGCACAGGAUGGAGGAGCAGCGGUAAAUGCUGCAGGGAAGAGCGAGGGUUUGACAAAGGCAGAUGUGGAGACUUUUACAGACAACGUGAAAAUUAAAGAUAUAAAGAAGAACCUUGUUGGGAAAUUAUUGAGUAAAACAGGAAUAAAGAGAGAUGAGCACAGCAGUAAGGCAAUGGAGAGUGAGGUUGGAGAGGAUGGGAGAGUGAAGGAGAGCGGAGGAGAGAAGAGCGAUGUGAGUAAGCGCGGAGUCGUAAAGAACGAGGUGCAGGGUGGAGGAGCAAUAGAAAGCACUGACGGGGAGAGUGGGGACACGGUGAAGGGAGCCGAGGGUUCUGUAAAACACAGCAUAAAGGAAUAACGCAGAAGCUUGGGAAAGUUUUGAGUAAGGCAGGAACAAAGAGCAGUGUGCGUAGCAGUGAGGGAGUGGAGAGUGAGGUGGGGCAGGAUCGGAGAGCGAAGGAGAGUGAUGUGGAGGAGAGUGGACGAGUGAUGGAGGAAUGUCGAUGGCUACGACUGUUUGUUGAAACGACGAUAGCUGUCUUGAAGCUUGGCACGAGUUUACGUUAUCCUUCGUUUUACAGUCGACUCUUGAUUAUCCGCAUGUGGGGUUUAUCCAAUCUGCGGAUUAACCGCGCACCUGAGAUUGACGUGAAUUAAUAACUCAUGGAUAUCCCCUUAAGCUCACAUUAAUAACCUAAAACUGUUACACCUCGUUAUCCUUGGAAAUGUUUAUUACAAGCCACAUCGUGCUUAAACCGAACAAAUGUGUGCGCCGGUUGAUCUGAAAUCCACGUGAUCGCCCCUACAGUACAGUAGUUUGCAUAUCUUUAUAAACUAGGGGCAGAGUUUGAUUGGAGUGGCUCUGCUACUGUCCAAUUAUUGGGCGGAAUCUUCUGCUCGGGAGCAGGAAAGUUAUCACUGAGCACGUGCAUCAAAUCGGUCGAUGGUUAGUUUUAGGCCAUUGUUUGUGUUUUUUGUAUGGACUUUUGUAAUUAAACAAAAUCAAUACAUUGACUAUAAAUUUUUGUUUUGUGCAUUCACAGACUAUGUUCUUAAUAUAGGGGUUUUGAGUUAGAUCACGCAAGUAUAAAUGUAUUAUUAAAGUCA